AUGAUCAAUGAUAGUAUCAAUCAUCUCUCACUUGAAAACUCUUUUAGAAUAAAGCAAGAUGAUAGAUUCUUGUCAAGGCUAAAAUCUAAGGAAGCUUCAAGUGCCAACACUUCAUCAAGAAUCUUGUAUUAUGGAGAAACAUCAAUUGCAAUUCCCUUUGUUUGGGAGGCACAACCUGGUACUCCUAAACACCCUUUGUCUCAAAUCUCUAUACUUCCCCUUACACCCCCACCUUCAUUUUAUUCCAAAAAAUCCAAUACUAACAAAAAAAGAAAAUCAAAAAUCAAUGUUUUUUCAUGCAUUUUGCCAAGGUUAGUUGGUUCAAGGAAGACUUCUCUUCCUCAUGCAUCAUCAACAUCGUCGUCAUCAUCGUCUUCAUCUUCAUCGUCGUACUCGUAUUCGAUGAGAGACAACAAUCAUGGAAGCUUUUCUUCCUCAUAUUCAUCUACAAUUGUUAGCUCAUUUUUGAAAGAUAAGGGUUCAAAUAGAGUUAGAGGAUGUUAUCCUAUUGGGAAAAUAAAGAAUGCUAUUGUAAGUCAUGGAGCAGGGUAA